GAAGUUAAACAACAGUCAAAAUUUCGGUAAAUUCAGCACAUCAAUGGAUCACUUUUGCCCCAUUAAUUAAAAAACGAAAAUCAUAUGGCUGUCAGCUGUACAAGUGCAACUCUUGCACAGCUGUUUUCAACAUUAACUUUGAUCAGAAUUCACAGUUGAAAUGGUAACAAGCAAUACUAACAACUGUUAUAAAUCGAGCGCCGCGUCCCCCACAACGAUUGUACGAUUGACCUAAUGAAUCGGAGCAAGUUUCCAAAUAUGUUGCCAACCAAAUCGGACUCACGACGCCGCCUGAAUGCCACUGGGGCGUCGACUGGUGACAGCAGCAAGGUUGCUGAAGGUGCCUCCGAGACGGAUGGCUUUGUAAACGAGCAAUGGCUACCGCCGAAUAUGGAUGAGUCGACACCGUGGAAGACAAUUGCCAUCAUACUCACAUUGUUUAUCGGGGGAACUAUUUGCAUUUGUUGUGCGACAUUAGAUUGGAUUGCGGACGUAGGUCAGGACCGAUCAGAUCGCAUCUGGGCAGUUACAAUAAUUGGCGCGUUGACGAUUAUUCCCGGCGGGUACUACCUCUACAUCCUUUUGUGUAUUUUAAUGCAUCGCAAUGGUUACACGAUGGAUGAUAUUCGUCGAUUGGGCUAAAGGUGCCGCUGGAAACUCUGCGAAUGUACAGUAUAUUGCAUUUCACCUUGAUGUUACGUAUGUAUGUACUAUUUUAAAAAAAUUGCCGUCAAAACUCUGCAUUUAUUUAUUGUAUAAAAAUAUUGUAAAUACAUACAUGUUAUCAAA